UAUGUUAAAUAUAUUGUUGUCUGUUACAGGGAUUGGUGAUUUAAGUAUGUGGGAUUUCUCUGGUUAUGAACCAUAUUAUAUGUUAUAUGAUCAUUUUCUGGGUGAUACCAACUGUUUACAUGUAGUGAUGUUUAGUUUACAAGAUUCUUUUGAUGAACAACUAGCACAAGUCAUAUUCUGGUUAAACUUUCUUAAAGCUAGAGUUCCACCUCAAUUUCCUCUUGGUUACUGUGGAAGACUACAAAAUACAGCCAAAGUUCUAAUAGUAGCUACUCAUGCUGAUAAAAAAGGUUGUCCUAAGAACAGUAAAGGAGAAUACGAGUCUGAAGGAGGGGAAAUAAUUCUAGAGAAAAUAUUACAGAUGUUUCAAGCCGAUCUUGAUAUUAUUAAUAAAUUAUUUGUUAUUGAUACAACUAAUGCCAGUUCUGCUGAUUUAAAACUUCUCAAGUCUCAACUGAGUGAAUUAAAGUCAGAGAUUGUUUCAAACUUACCAAAGUCAAGUGGUUUUCUGGAUGCUGUUGUUGCUCAGUUACCAUUAUGGAAAAAGAAUAAUGCUUCCUAUCCAGUGUUGUCAUGGCAACAGUUUGUAGAAUAUACCAGAUUAAAAGUCAAUCCAUUAGCUUCAGAAGAAAAUAUGAAGUUACUGGCUGAACAGCUUCAACUGACUGGAGAGGUUGUUUAUCUUCAAAGUCCAUUUGUUCAAGAUUUAGUGGUGUUUAAUCCGAAAUGGUUAUGUUCAGAUGUAAUAGGUCAUCUAAUGUCUCAUGACAAAAUAGUGCAAUCUCGUGUGACUGGAUGUUAUUCUGUGGAUGAAUUUCAUUUGAUGUUUCCAGAAACUGAAGCAAUAGACUUAUUAACUGUUCUGGAAGCAUUAGAAUUAUGUACACAGUGUGAUAACGAAGGGGAUAUCGAAUAUGAAUUUCCUUGUUUGAAUCUGCUGGACACUCCAGAAGACAUCUGGAAAAAGGAUUCCAAUUUACAAAGUGACACUAUUUACGGUGGUGUAAGAAUACACACUAGUUUUCAAUCUGGCUCUCAACUCAAAUAUCUUUUUCCCAGAGUUCAAGUGUAUUUGCGGAGAAAUAUGUUACAAGAAACUGACGACCCUGAAAUUGACCUUUAUCAAUGGCAUCAUGGGAGUAAAUAUUGUUGUGGCGAUUUAGAAGGAUUAUUAGACAUGGAUCGUAAUGAACAAUAUUUAGAAAUUAAAGUGCGGGGACCUAGAGAUGCCAAAACUUCGUUAUUUUUCUUCCUUGAUGACUUUAUUAAUAUCGUGGAACAAGUGAUUGAGGAAGUAUGUCCUGGACUCUGUACUGAGCGUUAUACAUUAAGUCCCUCACAGUUAGGUGAUCAUGGUAAAAUCAUUCGAAGUUACUCUCCAACGGAAAUUUUACGUAUGGAAUUAGAGGGUCGAAACUCAGUUGUAUUAACUGGUAGUGUAACUGAGAACUUUAUUGAUAUUGUUUGUUUUGGAUCAGAAGAGGUACUUAACAGUAUUACAUUAGGUAUAGAUCUUGAUAUCUCCCAACUUUCACUUCAUUCUCGCAGGUUAUUAAGUUAUUUAUUAGAUCCAUCUGAACCAAUGGGUCGUGAUUGGUGUUUAUUAGCCAUAACGCUUGGACUUUCUGACUCUCUGCCAAAAUUAGAAGCAGAACCAAAUCAAGUCAGCCACACAGACAAAGUGCUAGAUGAGUGGUCCAAACGAGAACCUGCAACAAUCAGGAAACUUAUCUCAAAACUAAAAGAAUUUCAUCGUAUUGAUGCCAUUGAAGCGAUCUUGCGAACAUCUUCAACAUUCAAAAUUCUAGGAUAUGAAGAUCAAAGUACUGAUGAUAGUACUGCUCAGACGACUGAUGCAUCAACCAAUACCUUAUCUAAUUUAUCUAGAUGAUAAUCAACAAUGAGAUGAAACAGCUUCUCUACUGUGUUUGUGUCUGCUAUAUUCCGGUGUUUGCUUUUUGUUUGUUAAAUAUAAAACCCAACUUUACAAUACUCAUAGCUAAAUCAUUUCAAGAAAUCUGACCAGUUG